CGCGCUCGGAACCCGGCGGGGCCGGUGGGAGCGAUGCGGACGCGGAGAACCUGCUAGUGCUGCCGUGAAGAUGGAGUUUCCCGGAGGAAAUGACAAUUACCUGACGAUCACUGGGCCCUCGCAUCCCUUCCUGUCAGGGGCCGAGACCUUUCAUACACCAAGCUUGGGCGAUGAGGAAUUUGAAAUCCCACCCAUCUCCUUGGACUCUGACCCCUCCCUGGCUGUCUCAGAUGUGGUUGGCCACUUUGAUGACCUGGCAGACCCGUCUUCCUCACAGGAUGGCAGCUUUGCAGCUCAAUACGGAGUUCAGACAUUGGACAUGCCUGUGGGCAUGACCCACGGCUUGAUGGAGCAGGGCGGGGGGCUCCUGAGUGGGGGCCUGACUAUGGACCUGGACCAUUCUAUAGGAACUCAGUAUAGUGCCAACCCACCUGUCACAAUUGACGUACCAAUGACAGACAUGACAUCUGGCUUAAUGGGACAUAGCCAGUUGACCACUAUUGACCAGUCAGAGCUGAGUUCUCAACUUGGAUUGAGUUUAGGAGGUAGCACCAUCUUGCCACCUGCCCAGUCACCUGAGGAUCGUCUUUCGACUACUCCGUCACCUACCAGUUCACUUCAUGAGGACGGCGUUGAUGAUUUUCGGAGGCAACUUCCGAGUCAGAAGACAGUGGUAGUGGAAACAGGGAAAAAACAAAAGGCUCCUAAGAAGAGAAAAAAGAAAGACCCUAAUGAGCCUCAGAAGCCAGUCUCCGCAUACGCAUUAUUCUUCCGUGAUACUCAGGCUGCCAUCAAGGGACAGAACCCCAAUGCUACCUUUGGUGAGGUGUCAAAGAUUGUGGCUUCCAUGUGGGACAGUCUCGGAGAAGAGCAAAAGCAGGUGUAUAAGCGGAAAACUGAAGCUGCCAAGAAAGAGUAUCUCAAGGCACUAGCUGCUUAUAAAGACAAUCAGGAGUGUCAGGCUACUGUGGAAACAGUGGAAUUAGAUCCUGUCCCACAGUCACAGACUCCUUCACCUCCUCCUGUGACUGCUGCUGACCCAGCAUCUCCAGCACCAGCCUCAACAGAGUCACCUGCUUUGUCCCCCUGCAUUGUAGUUAAUUCCACGCUUUCAUCUUACGUGGCAAACCAGGCAUCCUCAGGGGCCGGAGGUCAGCCCAAUAUUACCAAGUUGAUUAUUACCAAACAAAUGUUGCCUUCUUCUAUUACCAUGUCUCAGGGAGGAAUGGUUACUGUUAUCCCAGCCACUGUGGUUACCUCCCGUGGGCUCCAGUUAGGCCAAACAAGUACAGCUACUAUUCAGCCCAGCCAGCAGGCCCAGAUUGUCACUCGGUCAGUGUUGCAGGCAGCAGCUGCAGCUGCCGCUUCUAUGCAACUGCCUCCACCCCGACUCCAGCCUCCUCCAUUGCAACAGAUGCCUCAGCCCCCAACUCAACAGCAAGUCACCAUUCUGCAGCAACCGCCCCCACUUCAGGCCAUGCAACAGCCUCCACCUCAGAAAGUUAGAAUAAAUUUACAACAGCAGCCGCCUCCACUGCAGAGCAAGGUUGUGCCUCCACCCACUCUAAAAAUGCAGACUGCCCUGAUCCCUCCAGCUGUGGAGAGCAGCCCUGAGCAGCCUCUGACCUGCAGCCCCGAGGCCCAUACAGCAGAGACAACCUCUCCUGAGACAAUUUGUGAAAUGAUCACAGAUGUAGUUCCUGAGGUGGAGUCUCCUUCUCAGAUGGAUGUUGAAUUGGUGAGUGGAUCCCCUGUGACACUGUCACCUCAGCCUCGAUGUGUGAGGUCUGGCUGUGAGAACCCUCCUGUCAUCAGUAAGGACUGGGACAAUGAGUACUGCAGCAAUGAGUGCGUGGUGAAGCACUGCAGGGAUGUAUUCUUGGCCUGGGUGGCCUCUAGAAAUCCAAACUCCGUGGUGUUUGUGAAGUAGCCUUUCUUCUUCUCCAAGCCUUGAAGAUUCAUCCGCUGGACACAAGUCCAGGAACCUGUUUUUGAAACACAAGCUGGGCUUCUUCUGGUAGUGCCUGACCUUUACACCCAUAGUCCUUCAUGCCCCCACCUUUUCUUCAGCAGAGGCCAGACUAAGGAACAGGGCCAGUGAAUUUACUGUGAUUUGGAAUUGCUUUCACUCUCAACUACAAGCAAAAUUGCCAGGUUAAUAGUACAGGGAAGGGUGAAGGGAAGAUGGAAGCAAAUCAUAGAGGAUUAUUAGAAGAAAUGUGUUGGUAAAAUGUUACUGGGGAAGAGCUCAGCUCUGUUCUUAGGAGGAGACAGCCCCGGGAUGGGGCUUGGGGCUACAGCUCAGUGAUAAAGGGCUUUGGGUUUAAGUCCCAAGAGGAAUGAAAAUACUAAGCUAAAAUUACCCCCCCCCUUUAAAAGGGAAUUAAUAUUAUUAAUCUACACAGUGCUUUAAGAACAAAGAUUUGUGGGGCUGGGGUUAUGGCCUAGCACUAACAAAGCUCUGAGUUAAGUCCCCGGCAGAAAGAUCAGGAGUUCAAGGUCAUCCUCAGCCACCAGUAAGUUUGAAACCAGUUUAGGCUACACAAGGCAAAGGUAGAAUAAAGGUUUUGCAGAGCAUGGUGGCCCAUGCCUUUAAUCCCAUAGGUAGAUUUCAAAAAUCAGAGGCUGGGUAUGGUGCACUCUUCCUUUAAUCCCAGCAGUUGGGAGGUAGAGGCAGGUUGUAGUGAGAUCCUGUCUCAAGGUCCCCUCCCCAUUCCUACACAUACACCUCUCUCUCAGCACAUUGGGCUGGAGGGGAAAUGACAUCAUCCAGGAUUUUUUUUUCUCUACAAGCAUUUCUGCAGUCAAAACUUUCUUUACCUGACUUGAUUACCAGUUUUGCAUGUAAGAAGCAGAACUCUAUACCCUUAAUGAGAGGUUUUGCAAAGUAAAGUUAUAUUUGAAACAUC